AUCAACCACUCCAAAGAUUUAUAUAUAUAUAUAUAUAAUCUAAUAAUCUCCAUAUCUUUGCCAACAAACCCAACAAUCUUUUGAUAAAACAAAAUCACCCUUUGGUUUUUUAUUUGAAAUUUUCUUGGGUCGUUUCUUGAUUUGUUGUAUAUUAGAGAGAAGAGAGAUUUUGUAUGUGUUUAUUGAUGGAGAUCAACAAUAAUGGCAAUGAUAAUAACAAUAGUGUUAAUCACAAGGCAAAGGUGAUGAGCCUUGUGUUGUCAACGGAUGCUAAGCCAAGAUUGAAAUGGACUUGUGAUCUUCAUCACAGAUUCAUUGAAGCUGUUAAUCAACUUGGAGGACCUAACAAAGCAACACCUAAGGGUUUGAUGAAGGCUAUGGAGAUUCCUGGGCUUACCUUAUACCAUCUCAAGAGUCAUUUACAGAAAUAUCGGCUAGGGAAGAGCAUGAAGUUCGAUGAUAACAAGUUAGAAGCAGUCUCCUCUGCUUCAGAAAAUCAAGAAGCUGAGAGUAACAGCGAGUCGAGAGAUCUCCGAGGCUGCAGUGUCACCGAAGGAAACAGCAAUCCAACUAAAGAAGGGUUGCAAAUAACAGAGGCUUUACAAAUGCAAAUGGAAGUUCAAAAGAAACUUCAUGAACAAAUCGAGGUUCAGAGACACUUGCAGGUGAAGAUUGAGGCACAAGGCAAGUAUUUACAGUCAGUUUUAAUGAAAGCUCAACAAACUCUCGCUGGCUACACAUCUUCAACUCUAGGCAUGGACUUUGCGAGAACCGAGCUCUCUAGAUUAGCAUCAAUGGUGAACAGAGGCUGUCCAAGUUCUUCAUUCUCAGAGCUAACGCAAGAGGAAGAAGCAGAAGAAGGUUUCUUGUGGUGCAAGAAACCAGGAAACAGAGGAAUUAGUCAGCUGAGAUGUUCAGUAGAGAGCUCGUUGACAUCUUCAGAGACCUCAGAGACAAAAGUGGACGAUAACAAUAACAUCAAUAAAUCGAUUGAGCUUCCGUUGAUGGAGAUCAAAUCGGAAGUGAUAAAAGGGAAGAAGAGAAGCUUAAACGACGCCGUUUGCGUUGAACAUCAGCCUCAAAUGAAGAGAGCUUUUGGCGUUGAUGAGGAUGAGCACUUGAAGUUGAGUUUGAAUAGUUACAAGAAAGACAUGGAGGCGUGUCCGAACAUAGGACUAGGGUUUAAUUAAAGAAGAAAGGAAUAAACAUUUUACUAUAAAGUUAUUAUGAAAAAAUGUUUUAAAAAGAAUCCAAUAUAUAGAUUGCCAUA